CAAAAGACAGUAGCUAUCAUGAAGCAACAAUGCUAGCCUUUCAAAAUAAGCACUCAAGUGUAGUCAUUUAGCAGCUUGACUAAGACCCAGAGCUAACUGAAAGUAUCAUUAGUUUAUUAAUACAUAUCGUGGUCAGGAAACCAUAGGAGAUAUAUGCUUUACCUAAAUGAGGUUUUAUUGCUUGUGUCUCAAAAGCCAGCCUCGCCUCGGGUACAUAAACCACUCAUGAGUUUUGCUUUGUGUUUGUGAGUCACAUGCAUGGUAAAGAACAACGACAGAGGAACACGUUAGGCGUUGUUUAAAAAAAAGGACUUAAGCAGAAGUUAGUGUGAGAGAGACACAUGGUUUGAAAUAACUACAGGGGUAAGAAAAGAGGAUUCGACAAGACAGCAUACAUGGGGAAUGGAUUGUUACUCUUUAUAUUCUACGCAUGGACACGCUGACUGCAUUGGAUCUCCUAUGUGAUCUAUAUGGAUAAUGCAUAUCAAAUGAUUGGACCAGUGCCUAGAUUUUAAUUUUAAAUUCCAACCAUGAAGAGGUGUGAUAGUGCAGACAUGGAGCGGUCUGUCGCCUCAGAGACCACAUUAACACUGGAGAGUGAGGACUACCUGAGCGAGGAUGAGAACUCCCAGCCGGCCAAAACCCCCAAGAACAAACCCAAAAGCCUGCUCCUGGGAAACGCCUUUGGGAAUAAGGAGUCCGACAGCAGAAAAGCACCGAUGGAUACAGUCUGCCAAGAAGAAACGGCAGCAGUGAAUGUGAGAUUUAACACCAAUUUCGACCGGAUGAUUUCCGGGGAUGCUGAUAUGAGCAGUAAGGACCGCUACCCACAUGGCAGGUUUGAUAUGAAGAGAUUGUUUGCUGCUGUUGCCUCUGGAGAUGUGUCCCAACUGGAUGGUUUGUAUGAUUACCUGCAGAAGAACCAGAAACACCUCACAGAUUCAGACUUCAUAGAUCGUAGCAAUGGAAAAACCUGCUUACUAAAGGCUCUGCUAACCUUGAAGAACGGAGAAAACGAUACCAUCAAGGUUCUUCUUGAUAUCGCAGAGAAAACAGACGACUUGCCAAAGCUUGUAAACGCAGUAUAUACUGACUGCUAUUUCAAAGGACAGUCAGCAAUCCAUAUUGCUAUAGAGAGAAGGAGCAAGUUCUAUGUGGAACUGCUGGUGACAAAGGGAGCAGACGUCCAAGGCAAGGCCUGUGGGGAAUUCUUCCAACAAAAGAAGGGAAAUGGCUUUUAUUUUGGUGAGUAUCCCUUAUCGCUGGCUGCCUGUACUAACCAGCUCGACAUCGUGACGUUCCUGAUGGUAAACCCCUAUCAAAAAGCCGACAUCACCGCCCAGGACUCCAUUGGGAAUAUGGUUCUGCACGUGCUGGUCACCAUUGCUGACAAUACUCCAGAGAACACCAGCUUCAUCACCAUGAUGUACGAUGCAAUUCUGUUGCGGGCUGCCAAGCUUCAUCCAAAACUUAGGCUGGAAGACAUUGCCAAUAAUGAAGGACUGACUCCAUUAAAGCUUGCAGCAAAGACCGGAAAGAUUGGGAUCUUCAGGCACAUUAUCAGGCGUGAGAUUGACGAUAAGGAGUGCAGACACCUGUCCAGGAAGUUUACAGAAUGGGCUUAUGGACCAGUGCACUCAUCUCUGUAUGACUUGAACAGCAUCGACUCCUACGAGGACAACUCGGUGCUGGAAAUCAUUGCGCACGGCUGUGAAAUACCAAAUCGACAUGAGCUAUUGCAGCUGGAGCCUCUCAAUAAACUGCUGCAGGAGAAAUGGGACAGAUUCGCUGGCUUUAUGUUUUACUUUGAUUUUUUCUGCUAUUUUGUGUACCUGGUCAUAUUUACCACUGUUUCCUACUACAGACUGGAAGGAAAGCCGCCGUUUAAAAUCGAGGCCAAUGUGAAUGGAAAAUUACGUCUCACUGGACAACUAAUAAGCGUUGCAGGAGCACUUUAUUUUUUCUUCAAAGGGAUUAAAGACUUUGUGAUUAAACGUCAUACAUUUCAAAGUUUAUUGCUGGACGGCUACUGUGAUAUUCUUUUUUUUUUGCAGGCAGUCAUGUUCCUCACCUCCUCCGUGCUGUAUACCUGUGGCAUGGAGGAGUACGUCGCUCUGCUGGUCCUCUCUCAAGCUCUUGCCUGGAUCAACUUGCUUUACUUCUCCAGAGGGUUUCAGCACAUGGGCAUCUACAGCGUUAUGAUACAGAAGAUGAUCCUGAGAGAUAUUAUGCGCUUCCUGUUUGUCUAUAUGGUGUUCCUCUUUGGGUUUUCUACAGCUUUGGUGACCUUGAUUGAAGACGAUCCACCUAAAGGACAAAACGCAACUGAGGGAAAUAAACAGGAAGACUGCAAAAGAGAAACGUACAACAAUAUCUAUUUCACCACCAUGGAACUGUUCAAGUUUACCAUUGGAAUGGGCGACCUGGAAUUCACAGAACAGUACAAGUUCAAGUUAGUCUUUUACUCACUGCUCAUCUGUUACAUCAUCUUGACCUACGUUCUCCUGAUCAACAUGCUGAUCGCACUGAUGGGAGAGACCGUGGAUAAGAUUUCGAAGGAAAGCAAGAGCAUUUGGAAGCUUCAGAGAGCCAUCACAAUUUUGAACCUCGAGAAAAGUUUGCCAAACUGCCUGAAGACCAAAUUGAGGUCAGGAGUGAUAAAGGAGCUUGGUCACAGCGCUGGAGAAGACAGCAGGAGGUGUUUCAGAGUUGAGGAAGUGAACUGGACUCGCUGGAACUGCAAUCUGGGCAUCAUUAACGAGGAUCCUGGACAGGGGACUGUUCCGAGUAUCGUUUAUCCAGAACCAACACUUAGAACUAGAGAGCGGAGCUGGCGCAGAAUAGUUCCACUGUUGAGGCAGCUGAGUCACCAGCAGCGCCCCCCUGGGAACCAGCAGCAGCAGCAGCAGGAGGAGGAGAUGCUAACCAUCCGUGCCUCCUCGUCACAGAGCGAGCAAAGAGACUAGCAGAGACUGUUUCCACUGCACGUUAUAACUGCACCGUCUCAACCGGUUUUGAUGCACCCCACCAUCCGUAAGACACUUCUUGGUACCACUAUACUACUACUGUACACACACCCAGUAAUCACUGUCAAAUAACUUAGAAGUACCAAGUUUUGCAUGACCUGAAUGGACCCAUGCACCAAUGUAGGCGAUCCAGGAGAACAGUUUUUAGAAGGUGUUUUUGAUCAGUGCAAAAAUAGAACAAAGCUCUGCUUCAAAUGCCACUUUAAAUUUUUUUUUGUUUUACUGUUUUAUAGUUCUGGUUUCUGUUGCUGCAAUAUUGAGUUCUUAUUACCUUUGUCUUUACCUGGCUUUGAGCUAGUCUGGAGAAUCCCAAGUGGUGGGAUUCAUAUUAUGGGACAAUGCCACUGUCAGCCCCACCUACUUACUCACCAGAGAGCUGGGACCAGCAGCGUGCAAUCACAUUGUCACUUGAUUUGAACAUGGAAGAAUGUUCAAUACAGACACUUUGGAUACUUCAGACAAGCUCAAAGCCAGCCUGGUAUUUACCAUGUUUGAAAUAGAGGAUGGUCUCCGGUUCACAUCCACUCAGUGUUGUAUGUAAAAGGACAGUAUGUGACAUUUUUACUUACCAUUCGAAUCCAGUUAGGUUGAGGUACAUCUUUGGCAUUCUAUAUAAAUUCAACACAGAUGAUUUCCCUGCAAUAAAUAAUAAAACUAACAUUGUAUUUGCACGCAAUUACCAAAUAACCUUUGAUCUGCUCGUAAUUCUAUCUAAAUAGGAAAUGUUUAUGUCUGCCUGUAUAUAAUAAUAUGCAAAUAAAAUGAAUAGGAUUGAAUACAUCUUUGUUUAUUUAUUUAUUAGCUUAUUUUUAAUCUUCUGUACCUCAUAUAGAGGAUAUCUGGAUGUAUAGAAUGUUCAUGAAAUCAUAUGGCAUGGCCAAAUAAAAGCAAAACAGCA